UCUUUUGUUUGCGGGAUUUACACAACAAUGGCGGGAGAAGAACCACAGCAGCACCAUGAAAGCUUGACCGAACAAAUAGAACAUGGUGACAUUGACUCUAUCGACACCAACGCGCGUUAUCUCGCUUAUGGUGCUCGACUACGAACAGCCCUGACGGCUUCUUCGCGCUAUUUGGCCUAUACAAGUGAUGUCGGUGAAGCCUUUCGUCCCAUUGUAUCUCCUUUAGUUGUCAAAGCUGCGUAUGGCAUUAGUUGGGCCUAUCUCGGUCUCGAUGUAUCUUAUGAGGGUUAUAAGGCAGUCCAGGCUGGCAAGGACAAUGCCACUGUCGCCACCAUGGUUGUAAAACGGGGUGUUUUCCAAUCGCUGGCCAGUAUGGCAUUUCCAAUGUUGACGAUUCACUCGCUUGUAAAGUAUAGCGCAAAAACGAUCUUUGCCAAUGUCAAGAAUGCCAAGGUCAAGGGCUGGGGACCGACAUUUAUGGGUCUGGGUAUCUUGCCGUUUCUACCCUACAUGUUUGAUCAUCCUGUAGAAACGGCAGUGGAUAAGAUCUUUGAGCCAGUAGAGAAAUAUGUGUUGCAAAAGAAGGUGCCGCAUGUUGCUCAUGAAACUGUAGAGGAGGAGAAAAAGACACAGUAAUAUAUAUCACAUCAUAUACAUGCAUCAACACCAUCAUAGAUUUUAUAUAUGCGCAUUUAACUAUACAUCAUAUGUUGCACCAGGACCCUUUUCCUUUUGACAGCACUUGCUGCUACGCUACACAUUCC